CUUGUAAUUGGGGUAAUUUUAGUGGCUUAAUCAAAUUCUUCAAUGGAAGAAUCAGCCCUUUAUGCCAUGACGGGGCUACCCUCAGUCCCUCACCUCAAAAAAAGAAAAAGGAGGAACGAUCUGAUGGGUAGAACCUUUGGUCCUUUAAACUUAUAUGCCACACUCAUUCACUCCCCAUCCUUCAUCAGUAAUCCCCUUUGUUUUCUGUUGAUUUUGAACGAGGAUGGCAUACGAUGUUGUUUGGCCCGGUACAGCUGACGUCAUCGUGGUGUAGGUCAAAUGAGUCGCCGGAGUCCAGGCCAGCUAUCAACGUCGCCGGAGUUUCGGGAUGCUAACGAUUUCGUCGAGUCAGUGCCUGCUUCUUAAUCUUGUGCUCUAUGAUUACCACUAUCACUGUCUCCGGCAACAACAUCUAACUUCAUGUCAGAUUCGUUGAUUCAGAGGUUGGUUAGUCAAAGACAAAAGUUUUCUUUAUUCAAUACAUUUGGUUUUCUUGCACCAGAGGCUGUGGAGCUCCUCAAUAGAGUCCAACGGGUCAUGCAUUUUAAUGUCAAAUCUCCUAGAUCCACAAAUAUUGUUUUCAAAAGAAUUGGUUUUGCCAUCCAGAAAGGGCUAGCGGCGCAGCUUGUUGCCUGUUUGCCUUCAAUCGAUAUGUAUUGAACUUUUAUUAUCAAAAAAAGAAAACUUUGUUGCAUAGAUGUAUAUUUAACCCUCUUAAGAGGAGCUUUUAGAUUGAGCUUAAUAGUUAUCCCC